CACAUUUCUGUUUGUAUUACUUUCAACUCCCAGUCUCUACCAUAGACUUUUUCCACAAUGACUCUAGUUCACAUCGUCCUCUUUAAGUUUCGUCCCGAAGUAAGCGAGGAGCACAAGCAACGCUUCGUGACAGAGCUCAAAAAGCUCAAGAACCUACCCUGUGUGAAAUCCGGACGCCUCCUCGUGGGCGGUCCCAGCGUGACCGACCCCAUAGACCGCAGCAAGGGAUUCCAGAUCGCUCUAGUAAGCUAUCAUGAGGACCUGGCCGCACUAGCAGAAUACCAGGCUAGUAAGGAGCAUCAUGAUGUGACAUCGACGUAUAUGUUUCCGUACAAGGAGGACCUGGUGAGAUUUGACUUUGAGGUUGAUGAGGAGGAUGAGUAUAUGUGUGAUUUUCCUGUGUUGGAAAGGAAGGUCACGUGGCAAAGCGAGAAAGACGCGCGGCAACAACACCCCAGUCCAGUCCAGUCAUCCAGUGAUAGAGCACCUUGUGAUGGAAACGAGCCAUCAUGUAGCUCGUGCCUGAAGGCAGGGGUAUCAUGUGUGAAUGAUGGAAAGCAGGAGGUCACGCGGAGGUAUAUCUCGAACAUGGAGAACCGAAUCCGAUGGCUAGAGUCAAUUGUAAAGGAAAACUGCGCCAACGUCGAUCUAAGCCUCGAACCUCGCAAUAAUGCCCCAGAGAACGCAGUAGAUCAUGAUAGCACGAUUUUAUCUGUCGAAAUACAGCACGAUGACGAUCCUACCGCUACUAUGCACCAAUCUUCUCGGGAGUUUAGAAGAGAGGCUCCAGCCGUUUCGCGCAAUGAAGAGAAUACCUUCAAUCCACUGUCGGAACACCAUCCACAACUGCAUGUACAGGGAAACAAUUCUGGGCAUCAACCGGCACAUGAGAUUGGACUGGUAUCGUUGUCCUCUGGUGAAGGUCCUCGAUACAUUGGGCCAUCCAGCGGGUAUUUCUUUGCGAACCGUAUAUUCUCCAGCGCUGGGCGGCGAUCUAAAGCCAGAGGCGUGAAAAAGGCCACGGCAGAGUCAACUAGCCUUUCAACUGAACUACUAAGUAACCUUACCCUGUUGCCUACUCGAAAGGAAAGCGCCAUGGAACUGUCCGGGAAAUACUUCCGUACGGUACAUCUUAUCUACCCGUUCCUGCAUGAGCCGACCCACAUGUCUAACCCUCUGGACUUGUUUCAGGUUUACAUGGUGCUAUCAAUAUCAGCCCUAUAUUUAUCUCGUGAAUGUAAGGUGCAUCUUCCCGUGGAGGGAUACUAUGCGUCAGCGAUGAAGUAUGUCGAACAGGUCUGCUCAUAUGACUCGGUAACUGCUCUGCAAUGCAUGCUACUUCUUAUGGUUUAUGCGUUGCAUAACCCCUCUACCAAUGUCAACAUAUGGAACCUGAACUACCAGUGUCUUGCUAGUGUGAUAGAUUUAGGGUUACAACGCGACGUCCGCGCAUCUCCAUCUCUUGGAAUAUCGUUGCUUGAUCAGGAGAUACGAACCCGUAUCUUUUGGGUGGUAUAUACGCUCGAUAGAGCCAUUUGCACCAUGAUGGGGCGUCCUAUAGGUAUCAGAGAUGAGGCUUGUGAGAUGAGGUUCCCUCUGGACAUACCAGACACGGACCUUGUCAAUCCUGUCCCCAACCGCAAUGAAUCACAAGAGUCACCGUCACACAUGUCGCACUCGAUCCAUCUCUUCAAAUUAGCCAAGAUGAACUCGGAGAUAAAAUAUGUCAUGCACAGCAUUCAACGUGACGUACCGAGCUAUGCCUAUCCCCCGGUGCGGGAUAUCUUCACGUGGCAGCGUGAUAUGAUAGAAACACUCAAAGACUGGAAAUCGACAAUCCCGCAAGAAUCAACUAGUGGAGGAGACGUGAUGGCCAAGCUCUGUAAGACCAGAUAUCACGAAACAAUGGUAUUGCUACUGCGGCCAAGCCCUGCGAUUCCAAACCCAUCGGAAGAGAUGCUCGAUCUGUGUUUUCAUCAGGCAGUAGAUCUCCUGCAAACGUUUGGUGAUAUGUACAGAACAGGAAGCUUGCUUUACAGCCGACUACUUGUUCACUCUGUAUUCCUUGGGGCGCUUGUAUUACUCUACUGUAUCUGGAAACUACAGAGUACUACAGCGAAGGUGCGCGUCGAUGAACUCAUGUCAAGUCUCACCAUGGCACAGAACAUACUUAGUAGCAUCGGGGAGCACUGGGGCGAGGCUACUCGGGCGCGGGAUUGCAUUGACGAGCUAUCCCGUGUUACAAUAAAACGGCUUCUGAAAAACCAAUCGACUGUCGAAUUGCACACUGAAGCCGACAGAACGCAGUCGCGGGCUGGAGGCAUGCAGAGCUCGUUAUCUGCGCAACACCAUCAAUUGGCAGAAUAUAAUGGCAUUCCCGAGGGGUACGGCCACUCUGAUCAAAUCCCCCGGGCAAUAGCUCUUCCUCAGGAAUACCAGCCGGAAGAUACGUCUUACCACUUCAAUCUGUUCGAUGAUCUCCUGCAGGGCGACUUUCAAGGCUGGAGUGGAAUGCCUGACAUCGAUGGGCUGAUGUGGGAGGUCUUCAACAGCUCACCACAGUGAGAAAGCAAAAGAUGCCGAUUGAAACAGACGAAGAAGCAUUUUCAAGCAUGCGGUAACAAGCAUACUCGUCAGAGGCUUACACCAUUCCGACGAAAACGCCCCGGAAAAUAUUCCU